UUUAUUUUCUGUUGAGAAUUUCAGUUAAAUAUUAACAAAACGGUGAACUAAACAUGUCACUAUUAAAAACAAUAGUGUCCCGUUAUAUCUGGAGUCCACGACUGGCUACUAUUCCAAGAUUCUCCUCCAACGUUGCCAAUGCCUCUGACGACGCUCCAGUUGAAAUUGAAAACCCGUACAAGAAGGAGGAACGCCAAUGCAUAUUAUGUAAACUAAACAUCACUCCAGACUACAAAAACUACCGUUUACUGUCACAAUUUCAGAGUCCUUACACUGGCAGGAUCUACGGACGCCAUAUAACAGGGCUGUGCAAAUCGAAACAAGCGUUAGUGGAAGCGGAAAUAAAGAAAGCACAGAACUGCGCUUUCAUGCCAUACUUUUAUAAAGAUAAGGUGUUCCUGAAGGAUCCAAAGUUGUUCGAUCCUGAAAACCCUAUCCGGUCUCACAGAUUUUAAUUAGAUUUAGUAGAAUUUUAUGUAGUAUUGUUAAUAAAAUAUCUAUAAUUAAUUAA